UGUCAGGCAGCCUCUUUCUCUCCACUGGAACUUAUAUCUACUCUACGCCUACACACACCCACAAGGAAGACACACACACGCUCUAACUUGCUCUUAUAGCCUCUUCGGUGGGCAAAUCUAGCAGACUGCAGAUGAGAGCUUAGUUAUUGUGUGUUUAUGAUGGUACUUUAAACUGUUGGUCAUCUAUAACAUAUAGCUCACGUGGAGUACAUCAGUUUAAGCAACUUUCAGUUUCGAGAGCUUGUGUUUGGAAAUGGUUUGGCUCCGUGGAUCUAAAGUGCUGUCCCUGCUGUUGACAGUGUCUCUCUGUCUCUGUGUGUCAUCUUCUCUAGACACAGGUGCCGUAGAGUUGAAGUACACCAAGACUCCUAUGGUUGGGACUGAGGGCAUGCCCUUGAGGCUCACCUGUAAGGCAGUGUAUGACACAAAACAAUGUGGUCGUAUUGAUGCCUUUUGGUGUCAUCACACUUUGGAAGAGUGUCCCAAGCUCAUUGACCUCGGCAAGUACCUCACUGUUGUCAACGAGAUGGUUAUGGAGGACAGUGUCAGACAUAGACACGUUGUAACAGACUUCAUAGAACUGACCCCUGCUGACCGAGGAGUCUAUCAGUGCAAUGCAGUAUGUGAAAUGGGAGGCCAUGCUGCCAUGGGACACUACAUAAAUAUCACAGUCAAAGCAGCUCCAAUAUUUGAUCAAAGAAAGGCCAACAAUGGUGGACUGAACUGGACAUACAGCACUGGAACAAUACUGUGGUCCCUUCUCCAAAUACUGGAGUUACUUGAGGUUAAUCAUUGAGCUGGUCUGGUAGCUGAUGGCAGAUGGCGUCAAGGCUGAAAAUGGAGAUACCAUCUGCGAUACAGAUUUACAGUUUAUCAAACCCAAACAUUUAACUGAAUUGUUUUACAUAACUACAAAUAAGGUGCCUUUUGUCUCAAAAGACUACAACAUUUAUAUUCAUUGGCUAAUAGUUUACUUAACAUUUACAAAAAAUAAAAAUGUGUUAUAAAGUAGCUUCAAACAUGUAUGUUGGAAGACAGGAGGGUUUGUACUACUUAAAUUAAAAUUCAAUUUCAUGGAAUUUCAAUGGAAUGGAAUGCUCAUUUGUUCGCUCAAACACAAUUUUUUUCCAGUUCGCAUGCAUGCCUAUUUCUGUUUAAUUUUGUUCUCUCCCCUGUUCUUGUCACGGUGGGCUAUCUCUCUACACCUCUCAGGUCUCUGUCUGUUAGAGGAAAUGCCCAUACAGGACAGGAAACCACACAUAGCAUUUGCACAAACGGAGGACUGAAGCAAUGUGAGCAGAGGUAGUCGCAGUCCAUGUGGUUGGAAGGGUGAGGGGGAGUAAAAGGGUCUGGUAGUCUUGUGAUGUUUAUUAUAUCUCAGUUUAAUUUGAAGGCGCAGCAGUGUACUGUCAUACUUUUUGUUCUAGUUGUCCACACAUGCCUUUUUUUUGUUUGUUUGUUUGUUCUCUCCCCUGUUCUUGUCAUGGUGGGUUAUCACUCUACUCCUUUCAGGUCUGUGUCUGUUAGAAUAAAUGCCAAUACAGGACAGGAAUCCACACAUAUCAUUUGCAAAAACAAAAGGAGGCCUGAAGCUAUGUAAACAGUGCUAGUAGCAGUCUAUGUGGUUGGAAAGGUGAGGAGGAGUAAAGGGAUAUGCAUUUCUUGUGAUGUUUAUCCUAAACUCAGUUUGAUUUGAAGGCUCAGGAGUGUACUGUAAUACUAUAUACUGUAGGUUUACAAUAUUUUGAAAGAAGUUAUUAUGAAUUGCGAAACUGAGCGAUAUUCCGUGUGAAUUAUUGGCUAAACCACUAGGUCAGAGCUUCCCCAAAUACAUUUUGGUUGUAUAGAGGUGUUCCCCCAGAGUUACUUUAUGUGUACACCCAAAAAACACCAGAUAAGAAAAGCAUGGUGUGUCAUACAAUAUAUGGAAAUGAGCCAUUUGACCAUUAUAAACUGACAAACUACAUAAACAUUUGUGCACUAUAUCUGCAAUCUUAUAAAACAAUCAAACAUUAUUUUGAUGAUUACAACUGCAAUUAUCAAAGCGGUUUAUAUGUUUACAUGCAUUAAUGUCUCAGUAAAACCAUAUCUACACAUUUAAAUGAGUGGAAAUGACGACUUCUGCCGUAGGGUAAACUUUAAAGGUAUGGAGAUUUAAGGAGGAGACUGCCAUGCACCAGUUGUUGCCACAAAACAAGUGAAGACCGUUUUAUUAGCCUCCCUUCCCAGGCUAAAGACACAAGUCUUUGAACGAGUUCUUAUCACAUGACAGCAAGCGCCCAGGUACUUGCAGAAUUGAUUAUGGUUCAUGUUAAUAUUGGUUAAGCCUUGUUUGGUAUCACCAUGCUGAUAUUAGACAAACGACUUUAUUUUUCUAUAAUGUAUUUGGUGCUCAUGUGUUAAUUGUGUAUUGGUCUUACAUACAUUUCUCAUGAAAGCAACAGCAUAUUGGCUUUUCUCUAACAAUUCCUUCUUAUGAGGGAACGCAAACCUUGUUACACAUUUUGUUUAACAUCUUGUCAAGUUCUGACCAUCGUUCGCGUGUGUUUUCCUUGUUUUAGUGUUGGUCAGGACGUGAGCUGGGUGGGCAUUCUAUGUUGUGUGUCUGGUUUGUCUAUUUCUAUGUUUGGCCUGAUAUGGUUCUCAAUCAGAGGCAGGUGUUAGUCAUUGUCUCUGAUUGGGAACCAUAUUUAGGUAGCCUGUUUUGUGUUGGGUUUUGUGGGUGAUUGUUCCUGUCUCUGUGUUUGUUGCACCAGAUAGGGCUGUUUAGUUUUUUUCACAUUUCUUGUUUUGUAGAUUGUUCAUCUUUAUUAAAGAUGUUUACAAGUAA